UUAUUAUCGAUAAAUUCCCAUAAACAGCUGUUCUAGCAAUUGUUAUGAAAUUUUGUUAGUUCUGACAAAGGAAAAAUGUUGCGUUUGUUGACAAAAACUCGCAAUUUCAGGUCGUUGCUGCCCAUCUCGGGUGUUCGUAACUAUGCACAGAAACUUCCAGGCAGCAGCAUCAAAUCGCAAGACGAAGAACCGAUUAGCAAUGAACCCAUAAAAUUCUUUGGUAGCCAGGCGGCAACUUGGCGUGCGAGUGAAUCGCGCAGCGGUGGCGGCGACGAGGCACUGUGGUACCAGCCCUAUGUAAUCUCCGCCAGCCUGGCGAUAUUUCUGGUCUACUUCUGCAUACUGCGCGAAGAGAGCGAUAUUGACUUGCGCCUAGAGGGCAAUCUGUAUGAUCACGUUAGCGGUUUAGAAGAGGUGCAGCUCACAGUCAACUACAGGUACAACAAGGAACACGGCUUGGACACAAAGGAGCAGGAGAAACGUUUGACCGAACUGGGCGUUGAUGUGCGACAAUUGGAUUCGCAAUUGGUGGCACAAUAAUUCGUUCUUAAUUAGUUUUACGUGUAAUUUUUGUUAAGCCAAAAGAUAAAUGCAAAUAUUAACAAAUUUAAUCUGUUGCUGUAUGGAUUAAUUAAAUGUUUGAUUGAGGACUCUAA